UGGGUGUAAAUAGACAGUGAACGCUCUUGGUCUCUCUCUCUCCCUCUCUCUCUUCUAUCUCUCUCUCUCCCUCCCCCUUCUCUUUCUCUCUCUUUCUCUCUGUCUCUCUUUUAUGAAAUCAAUGAACGAGUUAUUGGGUAGGACAUAAAUAUAAGGAAUCAAAGCCUCCACCGGGACCAACGGCAUUGCGCGCUUUUGAUAUGCGUCUUCGCCAAAUGCUACAUGUGUUUUCACAUCAAUGUAAAUAUUGGCUUUGAUAGGACGAGAGCGGAAUCAGCUCUGGCACGGCUUGGUCUCGGAACCAAAUUUUGACCAAGACUUCCACCAGCUUUUUUCAACGUAAAACGAUUCUCCACCAUCACCAUCUGCUGCUGUUGUACCCAUCCCAACUCACUGGCCGGUCCGAAGAUGGCAACUUUAACCAACGGGCAGGUGGACGGCACGGUGCACGGUGUCGGUGUCGGUGUGGUCUCCGCCAGCACGAACGGGCUCGUGAACGGAUUAAGCCACAGCCACAGCCCGGCGGGCUGCCCGGCCACCAUCCCCAUGAAAGACCACGAUGCCAUCAAACUCUUCAUCGGUCAGAUCCCCCGCAACCUGGAUGAGAAGGACCUCCGGCCCCUCUUCGAGGAGUUCGGCAAGAUCUACGAGCUCACUGUGCUCAAGGACCGCUUCACGGGCAUGCACAAAGGCUGUGCCUUCCUCACCUACUGUGCCAGAGAGUCGGCCCUGAAAGCCCAGAAUGCACUGCACGAGCAGAAGACCCUGCCAGGGAUGAACAGACCUAUCCAAGUGAAGCCAGCAGACAGUGAGAGUCGAGGAGAAGACAGAAAGCUUUUUGUGGGCAUGCUCAACAAGCAACAGUCAGAAGAUGACGUGCGGCGCCUUUUCGAGUCCUUCGGCAGCAUCGAGGAAUGCACCAUCCUCAGAGGUCCCGAUGGAAACAGCAAAGGCUGUGCUUUUGUAAAAUACUCUUCUCAUGCUGAAGCUCAGGCAGCCAUCAGUGCACUACACGGCAGCCAGACAAUGCCUGGUGCCUCAUCCAGUCUGGUGGUGAAGUUCGCAGACACGGAUAAGGAGCGCACCAUCCGCCGCAUGCAGCAGAUGGCUGGUCAGAUGGGCAUCUUCAACCCUAUGGCCCUGCAGUUUGGAGCCUAUGGAGCCUACGCUCAGGUGCAGCAGCAGGCGGCGUUGAUGGCGUCCGUAGGCCAGGGGGGCUACCUCAGUCCAAUGGCAGCCUUUGCUGCUGCCCAGAUGCAGCACAUGGCCACCAUCAAUGGCCUCCCGGGAGCACCACUGACUCCCACGUCAGGUGGCAGCACUCCUCCAGGCAUCAGCGCCCCCACAGUGACCAGCAUCCCUUCCCCCAUUAGUGUAAAUGGUUUUACCGGCAUGCCGCCCCCCCAGGCAAACGGACAGCCCCCUGCAGAGGCUGUCUUCACCAACGGGAUACACCAUUACCCUGUGUUGCAGGAGGUGGUUUUUAGGGAGGACUCGGAGAAAAACGGCUUGGGCGUGGCUCCGCGGAGUUGUUUUGGGGUUCAGGGUGGCUGCUUCCUCUCUUCUCUUUCUGAAGCUCAAAGUCCCACUGCAGCUGAUCCUCUCCAGCAGGCUUAUACAGGAGUCCAGCAGUAUGCAGCCUACCCCGCUGCAUAUGGCCAGAUCAGCCAAGCCUUCCCCCACCCUCCACCCAUCAUCCCACAGCAGCAACGAGAAGGACCAGAGGGUUGCAACCUGUUCAUCUACCACCUCCCUCAGGAGUUUGGGGAUGGAGAGCUGAUGCAGAUGUUCCUGCCUUUCGGUAAUGUCAUCUCCUCCAAAGUGUUUGUGGAUCGGGCGACAAACCAAAGUAAAUGCUUUGGGUUUGUGAGCUUCGAUAACCCAGGUAGUGCCCAGGCUGCUAUCCAGUCAAUGAACGGCUUCCAGAUCGGCAUGAAAAGACUCAAGGUGCAGCUGAAGAGGCCAAAAGACGCCAACCGCCCCUACUAGCCCCCGCCCCAGCCAGCCGCUGCCAUCCUGGCGGCCGGGGCAGCCGUCGCACACAGGGAAAGACAGGUUUUGUUGAGCUGAAUCAUAUGUUGACUACUUGCUACCCGCCACUGAGUGCAAACUCAACAUCUGGACCACUGAGGCUGCU